GUCCAUGAACCGAGUUGCCAGCAGGAACAGGGCACUGUAUGCAUGGGACAGGAUGCUUUCAUGGACCCCUUCAGCAACACGGUUGGGGUCUUUCAGUGCAAAAUAUACCUCCUUCUCUUAGCAGGUGCUUGCUCAGGGCUGAAGGUGGCAGUGCCAUCACACACCAUCCAUGGCAUCAGGGGUCAAGCCCUCUACCUCCCUGUACACUACGGAUUCCACACUCCGGCGUCGGACAUCCAGAUCAUAUGGCUGUUUGAGAGACCUCACACAAUGCCCAAAUACUUACUGGGCUCUGUGAACAAGUCUGUGGUUCCCGACUUGGAAUACCAACACAAGUUCACCAUGAUGCCACCCAAUGCAUCUCUGCUCAUCAAUCCACUGCAGUUCACUGAUGAAGGCAAUUACAUCGUGAAGGUCAACAUUCAGGGAAAUGGAACUCUAUCAGCUAGUCAGAAGAUACAAGUCACUGUUGACGACCCUGUCACGAAACCAGUGGUGCAAACUCAGCCUUCGUCUGGGGCUGUGGAGUAUGUGGGGAACAUGACCCUGACAUGCAUUGUGGAAGGGGGCACCCGACUGAUUUACCAGUGGCUAAAAAAUGGGAGGCCUGUCCACACCACCUCCACCAACUCCUUUUCUCCCCAAAACAACACCCUUCAUAUUGCUCCCGUGACCAAAGAAGACAUUGGGAAUUACAGUUGCCUGGUGAAGAACCCUGUCAGUAAGAUGGAAAGUGACAUCACUAUGCCCAUCAUAUACUAUGGACCAUAUGGACUUCGAGUUAAUUCUGAUAAAGGGCUAAAAGUAGGGGAAGUGUUUACUGUUGACAUUGGAGAAGCCAUCUUGUUUGAUUGUUCUGCCGAUUCUUAUCCUCCCAACACCUACUCCUGGAUCCGGAGGACUGACAAUGCAACAUAUGUCAUUAAGCACGGGCCUCACUUAGAAGUUGCAUCUGAGAAAGUAGCUCAGAAGACAACUGACUAUGUGUGCUGUGCUUACAACAAUGUAACUGGAAGGCAAGAUGAAACUCAUUUCACAGUCAUCAUCACCUCUGUAGGACUGGAGAAGCUUGCACAAAAAGGGAAAUCUUUGUCCCCUUUAGCAAGUAUAACUGGAAUAUCACUCUUCUUGAUUAUUUCCAUGUGUCUUCUCCUCCUAUGGAAAAAAUAUCAACCCUACAAAAUUAUAAGACAGAAGCUAGAAAGCAGGCCAAAAAUGGAAUACAGGAAAACUCGAACAUUUUCAGGCCAUGAAGAUGCUCUGGAUGACUUCGGAAUAUAUGAAUUUGUUGCUUUUCCAGAUGCUUCUGGUGUUCCUAGGAUGCCAAGGUCUGUUCCAGCCUCUGAUAGUAUAUCAGGACAAGAUUUGCACAGUACAAUUUAUGAAGUUAUUCAGCACAUCCCUGCCCAACAGCAAGACCAUCCAGAGUGAGCAUUCGUGUGCAAAGCAGUGCAUUGGAGUGAAAUAAUGAAGGAACAUUUUUGAGGAAAAACAGUGAAAAUGUAUACUCAUCCGGAAUCAGUGAAGAAAUCAAACCCAAUACCCCUUACUCAUUUUUCCUUUUAAAUGCAGAAUAGAGUCAUUUAUAAAAACUGGACUGCAGGUUUUCCAACACACACGAAGCAUUGUGUACAGAGGAUGAUGUGGUGGGGAAAUAGACUUCAGUGAUCAGUCUUAUCACGCUGACUGGGAAGAAGAAAAGGAUGGGGCUUUCCACUUUUUUAGUCUCAAGUUUCUCUAAAAAGUUCAGUAGUUCUAAUCUGUACUUUUACUUCCAUCAACAUUGACACUAUCCUAUCUAACCUACAAAUGUGGAAACUUUAUAUUUCUAAAAUUUUCAGCAAGCUUUGUUUUAUUAAAUUCUCAUUACUGUUAAGAUUGCCAUAUUUAUUUUUUUAUUUCAUUCCCAAAUUUCCUUCUUGCUAUUUGUGCCACAGAAUGAUAAGGGUGAUAAGGGUGAAGGAUGGCUAUCCCAAGAGCAGCACUGUGCCUUCUUCUAGGUUGUUGAUCAUCAAUGACGUUUUUGAAAAGACUUAUAAAACACUGAAGAAAAAGACUUAGUAAAGUCUUUUUAUUUUUUUCAAGGAAAGAUGGAUUCAAAUAAAUUAUUCUGUUUUUGCUUUUAUAUGGCCUUGAUUUUUUGUCUUGUAGAGUAAAAAUUUACAUAAAAGUCAGAUUGUAGAAUUAGAU